CUUUUUCCUUUGAGCUUUGAAACAUAUAUAUACCAGCUCUUAAGGCGCCCUCGUACAUCGUUACACUUUUUCCAUCAUUGUCAUCUCCAGUCAAUCUUACACCAUGACUGAAACUGCGCAGUCGACUGUCUCUUACGAAGACCUCAUCCAGCUCGAGCAAGACUUUGACGAUGUUGACCUUCAAAUGAUCCGCCAGCAAUAUGCUCUUACCAAGCCUCUCUACAGCAAACGUCAGGACGUGAUCGCCAAGAUUCCUCAUUUUUGGGCUCUCGUGCUUGAGUCGGCUCCUCCGGAGGUUGACCAGUACAUCCAGCCCUCUGAUUCCAAAGUUUUUGCCGAUUGCCUCAACUCUAUCGAGGUCUCCCGCUUUGAGCUAGACCAGGAGCCUGCAACUGGCCACCCUCGAAGCUUUAGCAUCAAAUUUGGUUUCGCUCCCAAUGAAUAUUUCGAGGAUACGGUCCUGGAGAAGAAGUUUUGGUUCAGGCGUGCGGCCGACGGUUGGACUGGUUUGGUCUCGGAGCCGGUCAAGAUCCAGUGGAAGAAGGACCAGGACUUGACCGAGGGCCUUACUGAUGCUGCAGUGAAACUCUGGGAGGCGCAGAAGAAGCAGACUGGCGCCUCCAAUGGAAAGAGCAAAGAAAAGAAGCUCCCCGAAUAUGACGCUCUCGUUAAGAAAAUGGAGACGAGCGAAGAGGGCACGUUAAGCUUCUUCACAUGGUUUGGAUUCGUUUCCAGCCGGGAGUACAUCAGUGCCGAGGAAUCUGCUGAAGCCAACAAAGCAGAGAACGAGAAGAGGGAGAAGAGAGCCAAUGGCGUAAAGGUGGAUGAGAAGCCGGAGGAAGAAGAAGAGGAUGACAAGGAGUUCGAGCUGGGCAACGAAGCCGAGGUCUUCCCCAAUGGCGAUGAGCUGGCCACUCUGUUGGCCGAGGAUAUCUGGCCAAGCGCCAUCAAGUAUUUCACUGCCGCCCAAGAAGACGACGACGAGGACCUUUCCUCGAUUGACGAGGCGGACAUCUAUGAGGAGGAGGACGGCGACGAGCCGAUCGACAUCAGGAGCUUGGUGGGCAAAGGCAAGAAGGAUGGCGCCGACCGCUCCCCACCUGCUAAGAAGCGCCGGACUUAAUGUCGUGUCUCGUUUUAUACCCAGGGCGAAAAUCUCCUAAUUAUGUCCCCACCCAUUUGCAUAGACAAAUUGAUUUUGAUUCAGAUUGGUUAGAAAUGGUAAUCGUAGUUGUACCUGUG